UCCUAUGUUUUCAUUAUAUUUUGUGUCUUUGUACAAUGUUCAUAAUUCAAUCAGAAACCUAAGCGAUCCCUUUCGCCUUUCUCAAUGCCAAUUUUUAUGCAAUUCAGGGACAAUUUUGUGUUAUUUUUCUGACGAUUUUUGUUAACCUGUGGUGUUUUUGGAUUGGCCUGCGCUGGAAUUAGAAUUACCAAUUUUCUAAAAUGAUACAACUCAAUUGGAUUAUUUGAUUCGCGCUCCCAUCACUGUUUCUUGAUGCAGACAACCUGUUGUUUGUGCCUUUGUGGGUACAAAGUGAAAAGCAGCUUUGUUGGAUGACUGUAGCGUAUUGGCAGAGCCAUGAGCGGAACAUCUUCAAAUAAAAGAAGAUUGAGAGACCUUUUGGUACAAAGUGAUAAUCGUGUAUGUGCCGAUUGUGGUGGUCACGACCCAAAAUGGGCAUCAGCCAAUAUUGGGGUUUUCAUAUGCUUAAAGUGCUGUGGCGUGCACAGAAGCCUUGGCGCUCAUAUCUCAAAGGUUUUGUCUGUGACGAUGGAUGAAUGGACAGAUGACGAAAUUGAUGGGAUGAUUGACAUAGGAGGAAAUGCUUCGGCAAAUUCAAUCUAUGAAGCUUAUUUCCCUAAUGGGAUUUCUAAGCCUGGGCCAGAUGCUAGCCAUGAUCAGCGUGCUAAGUUUAUCAGGGCUAAAUAUGAGCGUCAAGAAUUCUUGAAACCUAGCUUGCGUAUUAAGUCGGCUCCUAAGUCCUCCCUUCAAACAAGUUUAUCCAGGAAGGCUAUGGAUACAUUUCGAAGUUCGAGUUCACAUAUGGAAGGCACCGUAGAAUUUAUUGGAAUGUUGAAAGUUAUAGUACUCAAAGGGACAAACCUAGCGGUUCGAGACAUGCUUUCAAGUGAUCCAUAUGUUAUCUUGACCCUUGGCAAUGAGAAAGUGCAAACAACUUCAAUGAGGAGCAAUUUGAAUCCAGUUUGGAAUGAAGUACUCACGCUUUCUGUUCCUCAAAAUUAUGGCUCAAUUAAGUUGGAAGUUUAUGAUUACGACACCUUCUCUGCUGAUGAUAUAAUGGGGGAGGCUGAGAUUGACAUUCAGCCGUUGAUUACUUCUGCAAUGGCAUUUGGAGAUACCUCAAUGUUUAGUGAUAUGCAAAUAGGGAAAUGGUUGAAAUCAGAUAAUAAUGCGCUAAUUGAGGAUAGCGCUGUAAACAUUACUGAUGGGAAGGUGAAACAAGAAGUAUCACUGAAGCUGCAGAACGUAGAAUCUGGUGAAAUUUAUCUAGAUAUAGAGUGGAUUCCUGAGUAGGGUGUAUAAAUAUAUAGAUUAUUUUCUUUUAUUCAUUUCUUAUUUGCAUGUGAUAAUAAAUGACUCGAGAAAUUUGUUUGAGUCAAAUAUUACGUUAAAAUUCUUUUGUACAAUUUAUAAAAUCUCAUAUUAUUUCCUGAAAUAGUUGUAAUAUUUGUAAA